UUAGUUAACAAAAUGAAAAAAUUACUCGCUUUUGUAAUAAUCCAAAAAUUUUGAAAAUUUCAAAUUUAUAGCAGUGAAGGCUUGUAGGAAAAACCUUCUUUAGUAUUUAAAAAAAAAAGAAAAUUGAAAUCGGUGGAGAUUUGUAUUGUCGGCAGAAUUUUGUCCAAAACACUGCAUUUCUUCCCACUGUGCGCGGUAGCAGAGGACGUGAACGCGCGCCUGCGUAAGUGCUUCAGUUUCGGGACCCAGGAAGUUUAAACACCUCAAUUAAUUCAUAAAUAGUGACCCACAACUUUAGAAACUUGAUAUAUGUAAUCUAUAUGUCUUGUAGAAUACACUGAUAAAAAAAUUUUUUAAAACCGCUUAAGUCGACUUAAGCAGUUUUUCUAGCGAACGGCUCAUUUGUUCAUAAAAGGAAACUUAUCAGUGAGCGACUACUUUUCAAGAAUGGAGCUUAGCAAUAUUAUUGCCUCCAUAAUUUUUGUUGUAUUCCUCACGCAUUUCUAUUUAAUUUGGCAGUGCACUUAUUUUCGAAGGAGGGGAAUACCAACCGCCAAAGGAUUUAUACCAUUUUUAGGUCACAUGCUGCCAGUGAUAACAGUUCAAAAAAGUAUAGCAUCAUUGUGCGAAAUAUUUCACAACGAAAACAAAGAGCAUAGCAUGUGUGGAUACUAUCAAUUUUUCACGCCAAUACUUUUAAUUCGUGAUCCGGAUAUUGUGAAAAGUGUUCUUCAAACAAAUUUUACUUCAUUUGGUCAAAAUCCCUUUCAACUCACUGCCCAAAAGGAGGAUCAACUUCUUAAUUUUAAUCCAUUUUUCGUGAAAGGUGAAAAGUGGAAGAAGGCACGUGCACCAUUAACAAAAAGUUUCUCUGCGAAUAAAAUGAAAUUAAUGCUACCAUUAUUUCAGAAUGUGGCUAAAAAAAUGAAUGACUACUUGCACGAGCAAUGUACUAGGGAAAAUGGUCCAUACGAAUUUGAUCUCAAGGCACUUUGCAAUAAAUUUACAGGUGAAAUCUCAUCGAAUGGAAUGGGUAUCGAGGUCCAUAAUUUUCAGGAUGAGAUAAAUCAACCGAAAUUUGGCGAAUUCACCUACAAUCAAUUGGUGGAGAAACUCUUUCAAUUGCCAUCGAUUACCACUGAAAUACUGCAUCGAAUGAUAUUUUUUGAGAAGUUGAUCAAUAUUUUCGUGAAAUUUCCAAAGCAAUUAUUACGAAGAGAAAAAGGGAGAAUAUAGUUUGUCACGAUUUUGUGCAAUUCGUUAUGGAUUAUCAGAGAACACAGGACAACAGUGUGGAUGAGGAAUUAAUAGCAGCGGCGCAUAUGUUGUCGUUUGCUGUCGA